AUGUAUAUGUGUGCAGUUCCCCACCCAUCCGCAGUGGGUGGGGAGAGAGGGGUAGUUGACUCGAGCGGCACGCGGCAGAGCAUGCUCAUACCAUCCGCUGAUCCGUUCAUCCUGCCACUCACUCUUCCUUUCCUAUUCUUCCACUUUUUUUAUACUUUUAUGUCCUCUGCAACCAUGCACAUAUACACACACAGGAAUGCACGUAUAUCUAUCUAUAUAUAUUUCCACAUAGAUUUACCUCUGCAGGAUGGACGACGCAUACACACAUACACAUACACAAGCAUAUGCACACAUACACACAUACAGCAAUGCAUGCGCACUCAUUAA